AUGCCCUUUGUGGUGUCUACAAGUAAAUCUCCAACAGCUGUGCUGGGGAUGGUUACUGGAUUUUUUUUGGGAAAUGAUGAAAAAAUAGUUUUAUUAAAUCGACUAAAUAAGAUUUCUCUUUUCAAAGAGAAGAAUCAAUCCCUUGAGCACCUCGGCGAUUUCCCCUUGUUUGCCUCCUUGAAGUUUGUGGAAGCUUUGCCAUUUUUUGAUUCCAAAGGUAUUGGUAGACAUGUAGCUUUUCUUUUUUCUGUCAAACAGGAAGUUUCCAUUGUGGCGUUUAAACAAGAACGUGGUGGUCGUGUUGAACUCAUUACUUUAUUUUACGGUGGUGUUGACUUUUGCUAUGGUCAGCAGAAAAUUGGUGAAGCAUAUCUUUGUUCCUCAGGUGUUUAUAGAACUCAAGGUGAUGAUUUAAUUCCGAUAGUUGUACUUUCUAUUCACUGUGGUAGCUUUUUUGUUUUUGAUGCUGCUAGCGCUAUUGCUUCCUACAGCCGGAACUCCAAGAAUGCAUCACAAACACUUGGUAAUAUUUUUCCUUUGGAAUAUACACAACGUGUUUUUAAAAAGCAAAAACGAGUAGAAUAUUUCCUACAAGGACAAUUUCAUGCAUCAGAGGUUGAUGUACGACGUAUCACUAUUGGACGUGCUGAAUCUGAAAAAAGUCUUGUUCCCUUGUUUGUUCUUUACUCAGAUUCUCUGGGGAAAACUCACGUCUCUGAGUAUUCUAUUGAUAUGGGUAAAAGUGAUGAUCAGCGAAGAGGAGAAAGAAUGCAAAACUAUUCUUGGAUUUCUGAUGCCUCUAGCGUUUUUCCUGCAGAAAAUGUUUUUCGGAGAAAAGGGGUUCUUUUGGCUAAUGUUGAAACAAAUGCUUGUCUUCUUCAUGUUGUUUCUGAAGGAUUAUUUGUUAUUGGAGUUCAAUUGAUUACCUUUAUUUCCCGUAAAUCUGUUUUUACUCCUACUCCAACAGUUCCAUCGAAAAAUGUGACAACUCUGUCAUUCCCUUCUUUUAGUACAUAUAUUGAACCUGUUUGCUGUGUUUCCCUUCCCAAUAAGGAACUGCUUGUUUGUUUUUGGGAUGGAACCUAUGUUAAGGCUACAUUAAAGGAAGAAGUUGAUGGGAUAGGUUCAACUAAAUUGGUAUUAUUAAAUGUUGUUGUUUCAUCUUUGUGUACUAUUCCAGAUUCUCUCGCAGUUCUUGGGGAAUAUUGCGUAGUAGGAUCUCCUAUGGCUAAUACACUUUGGAUGAAAUGGCGUACAGGGGAAAGUGGUAUAUUGGUAAAUCAUUGUGGUCCAGUGUUUGAUAUGACUGUAGCAGUAGAUGGUCCUCGAAUGAGUGUUAUUGCUAGUACUGGUGUAGGUCCAAAUGGAGGUUUAAGUCUUGUACGUUCUGCUGUUAACGUUCGUCAUGAUGUUUCUAUUGGAAAUAUUUCUGAUGUUAAGCGUAUAAGUGUUUCUGGAAAAGUCAUAAUUUUUACUUUUCCAGGAUAUAGUCGAAUUUGUCAUUGCUUAACAGAAGAAUGCACAAAAAUAGAAGAGUUGUUAGAAACACCUUUUGAUACUUUAAAUGAAACUUUAGCUCUUGCUUGGAGUUCUAAAAGUAACAAAUUUUAUCAGGUAACAACAAUAGGACUUAAGGUUGUGAGUGGUAAUGAGGGAAAUUAUCUUAUAAAGGAUGAUGUUAAACGUAUUGAACACGCACAGGAAAGUCACGGAUUACUUAUUUUCUCAAGUUCAAGAAUUGUAUUUAUUUGCAACCUUAAUGAACCUUUUACAAAACCAACACUUCAAUUGGAAAAUGAAGUUUCAUGUUUGUUAGUUUUUUCUUCAAAUAGUUUUUUAAUUGGGGAAUGGGGUUCUUCUGCGGUUUGCCUAUAUGAAAUUCAUGAAGGAGUAGUAUAUCUUAAGGGAAAGUUUAUUUGUUCAGCGACUCCCUAUUCUAUGUGUGUUUUACCACAUCUUGAAAAACCACGACUCCUUAUUGGUUUAAUAAAUGGAAAUAUUGUUGACCUUGCUCUGGAAGAUAUUUCCCUGGAAUGCUCUUAUCAUGAGGUUUUGUUAAUGACACAACCUCUACAAUUAUUUAAUUUAGAAAGUCAUAAUUCUGUUUUAUGUUUAGGAGAGGUACCUCUUAUUAUUAUUCUCUCUGAUACAGGAUUUCAAUUAACAGGAAUAGAUUUUAAUGAUGUUUCGGCGUGUGCUAUUAUUCGUAGUGAUGCUCAACUUUUACCAAGGUAUAUAUUCUUUUCUAAAGGUGAACGAGCUCUCGUUUUUGGAACUAUUGUGGAUCUUAAAAAAUUAAACAUGAAUUUUCAUGCUUUUAAUGCUACGGUUACUCGAGUAAAGUAUAUUUCAUGGUGGAAUAUUUUUGUCCUUUCGCUUCGUCGUAAUGAAAAGGAUCAAAUUUUUACAAUGAUGGGACAUGAAAUAACCAAUUCAUGCGUAACAAGAGAUGAACAAAAUUUAAUUGAACUUCUUGAAAAUGAGCGGUGUGUUUUUAUUGAACCUCUUGUUCUUGGAGGAUCAAAUGAAAGAUAUGAACUAAAUCAUCCUGAUGAUAAAGGAGUAAUUCUCAUAGGAACAACUUUUGCUUUCCCUGAUGAACAAUUAUCUCGAUCAAGUCGUUUUAUGUGGUAUUCAGUUGAACAAGGUAGAUUAACUUCUGAAAGAUUACAACUUCGUCAAGAUGGGAGUAAAGAUGUUGAAGGAGCCUUACAAUGCUGUUGUGUUGUACCUAAUUAUACAGGUCGAAUAGCCCUUGGUAUAAAUGGUUGUGUAUCAAUUUAUAGUUGGAAUUCUGUAGAUUCUACUUUUGUGGCUGAAGAAACUUUACGUGUUGGUACAAUUGUAGUACGAUUGGUACCUCUUUUUCAAGAAGGUCUAUCGUCUAUUGUGGCCUUUGACAAUCGUCACAGUUGUUUUUUUCUUCAGGUAGAUACUAUUCAGGGUAAUCUUAGUAUUGUAGCUCGUGAUUCAGAACUUCGAGGAGUUAUGGAUGGUGUUGUAUCUCAGUCUGAUAAACGUCAUGAUAUGUGUUUUGGGGAUGAUCACUUUAAUUUUUUUUCUGUAUAUCAUGAUAUAGCUCCGUCUCAAGGUUCAUCAGACACCCAGUCAAAGAUGAUGAUGAGAAGAAAGCUUAAAACUAAAGCUCAAUACCAUUUGGGCGAUUUAAUAACUGUAAUGCAACAAGGUAGUUUUGCCCCCUGUUCUGUGAUGAAUGAUAUAGUUCCUAUUCCUAACAAUCUUAUACCAGGAGUUUGUGCUUCUCAGAUUGUGUUUGGGACCUCCUAUGGAGCUUUUGGAACAAUAACUCCCAUUACAAACGAAACCUAUCUAUUCUUGAAGGCGUUUGAAGUUUCAGUGUCCGCAGUGACUCCCAACUUGGGAGGCUUUACCCACACAAAUUUUCGAGAGGUUCUUUCAGUUGGACAAGAAAGAGGCCAUAGCCGAAAUGCAUCGUUUGACGAUAAAAAUCCAAAAUCAGCUGCAAUACUUCAGGAGCGUAGAAAACGAUAUUUGUCAAAGUGUGUCUGUGACGCAGAUUUGAUUGAGAAAUUUUUAACUCUUCCACGAGAUGUACAAACUCGGGUGACGUCUGAAGCAGAAUUAUUCAUUAAACUCUGUUUCGCCUCUAUAAAAUCAUCUCUGGAAGAAUUUUUAGAUCAAACUGAUCUAGAUCACUUUUCCACUUCAAGUAAUGCCUCACUAUUGAAUAAAUCCUCAGAUAUAAAUGGUAUUAAUACCAUUUUUUCAGAGCGAGGUUUACCUUGUCUACCACUAACAGUAGAAGAUGUUAAUGCCUUUAUACAUAAUCUGGAGAGAACGCAUUAA